AUGUCUCUGUUUCAAACGGCAACGAUCGCUCUUCUUCUAAUCGCGUUUCUGCAAAACGCUGCGGCUGAGAAAACAAAGCAACGUAUCGUCAAGCAUCAAGGCGCGGUUGCCACCGAUGAUGGUCGGUGUUCCGACGUCGGAAUGAUGACUCUUCGCCGGGGAGGAAACGCCGUUGACGCGGCGGUUGCUGCUUCUUUCUGUCUAGGAGUUUUGAGCCCCGCAUCAAGCGGUCUAGGCGGCGGAGCGUUUAUGCUCGUGAAAGAGGCUGGUGGAAAGGAAAUAGCAUAUGACUCGAGAGAAACAGCUCCUCUCAAAGCAACCGAGAACAUGUAUGGAGGCAACGAUAACGAUGAUCUGAAGAAGCAAGGAGGCUUAUGA